AGAUCAAGAACACCUCAGGCUGAGCUCUUUAGUCUUUUCCACGUUGCUGUUUUCACCUCAAGUACUCCGAAAAGCUCAAAAGCAGUUAAUCGCCUCAAAAAUGUCUGGAUACCAUCGACCUGACCAAAAUAAACUGCAAUUACUGAACGACAUCGCAAAUAAGCUGCGAAUUCAUAGCAUCGAAUCCACAAAUGCAUCGAAAUCUGGGCAUCCAACAUCAUGUGCUUCUAUGGCUGAGGUUAUGUCUGUCUUGUUUUUCCACACAAUGCGCUAUAAAGUGACUGAUCCUAGAGAUGCUUCAAGUGACAGAUUUGUUUUGUCAAAGGGUCAUUCUGCCCCCAUUCUCUAUGCUGCUUGGGCUGAGGCUGGACUCUUUCCAGCAAGUGACUUGUUGAAGUUGAGGAAAAUUGAUUGCGACCUGGAAGGCCAUCCUACGCCUAGAUUGAGUUUCGUUGAUGUUGCCACCGGCUCACUUGGCCAAGGUCUUAGUUGUGCAGCAGGAAUGGCAUAUGUUGGAAAGUAUUUUGAUAAAGCGAGCUACCGUGUGUAUUGCAUUAUGGGGGAUGGAGAGUCGAUGGAAGGCAGCGUCUGGGAAGCAGCAGCAUUUGCUAGUUAUUACAAGCUUGAUAAUCUUGUUGCAAUUAUUGAUGUGAAUCGCUUGGGUCAAAGUGAGCCAACCAGCUUGCAACAUAAUGUUGAUGUUUACAAAGCCAGAAUGGAGGCUUUUGGUUGGAAUGCUAUAGUGUUAGAUGGUCAUGAUGUUUCAGCAUUGUGUCGAGCAUUCUAUGAUGCCAGUCAAGCUAAAGGAAAGCCAACCUGUAUUGUUGCCAAGACCUUCAAAGGAAAGGGAAUUACUGGUAUUGAAGAUGAGGAAAACUGGCAUGGCAAGGCUUUAGGUGACAAGGCAGCAAAAGCCAUUGAAGAAAUUCAAUCACGCAUUCAGAACAAGGGACCUCAUGGCCUUGGCCCACAGCCGGUCAUUGAUGAUGCACCAGCUCUUACCCUUGAUGCAAAAUUGAGUGAACCACCUAACUAUACAUUAGGGCAAAAGAUCGCAACUCGUGAAACGUAUGGCAGUGCAUUGGUGAAACUAUACAAAAACUGUCCCAGAGUGGUCGCUUUGGAUGGUGACACUAAGAACUCCACUCACUCCCUUAAAUUGAAGAAAGUCAGCAAUGACAAUUACAUUGAGUGCUUCAUCGCCGAACAAAAUUUGAUCGGUGUUGCAGUUGGGUGUGGCACACGUCAUCGCACCAUUCCGUUUGCAAGCACUUUUGCAUGUUUCUUGAGCCGUGGUUUUGAUCAGAUUCGCAUGGCGGCCAUUUCCCAAGCGAAUGUUAAGUUCUGUGGCUCUCAUGUUGGUGUUUCCAUCGGAGAAGAUGGUCCUUCCCAAAUGGCCCUGGAAGACAUCGCGAUGUUCCGUGCAGUCCAUGGUGCCUAUGUUUUCUAUCCUUCUGAUGCAGUUUCCAUGGAGCGGGCCGUAGAACUCUCCGCUAACACUGAAGGCAUUUGUUUCAUCAGAUCAAGCCGUCCUGCUACUCCUGUUAUUUAUAAUAACGACGAAGUUUUUGAAAUUGGAAAGGCUAAGGUUGUAAAGAAGAGUGACAGUGACAAGCUUCUGAUCAUCGGAGCUGGUAUCACUCUGGUUCAUGCAAUGGAAGCCGCAAAUGAGCUGGCUAGCGCCGGUAUCAAUGCUCGCGUCAUCGAUCCAUUCACAAUCAAGCCUCUCGAUCAGGAAGCCAUCAUUGCGAACGCAAAGGCUGCUGGGGGAAAAAUCAUCACUGUUGAAGACCAUUAUCCUGAAGGUGGUAUUGGUGAUGCAGUUUGUUCUGCUGUCUCAGCAGAAACUUCAAUUUCAGUCCACAAGCUAGCUGUGAACGGUCUUCCUCGCUCUGGUCCUUCCGCCGCUCUUUUGGACAUGUUCGGGAUAAGCAGCAAGCAUAUCGUCGCACUGGCCAAGAAAAUUGUUUAAGAACAUUUCUAAGCAAGGAAUUGCCUUCUGUUGCCAUAUAGGCCUAAAAUUGUCUCGUUCUUACAUUUAAUUUUUCGUUUAAAUGUGAUUUGGCAUAAAAUUUAACGUAACUAAUACAUUUUUUCUUUAAAUAAUUGUAGGAAUUUAUAUCUAUAAUAUGCUGUUAAUUUUACGUUAUAUGAUUGUUCGUCUAAAUCAUUCCGUAGGUAUGAGUAAUUUUUUCAUAGUUAAUAAUAUUAUUCAAUAAAUAUACAAUGUUCAA